GGUUUGAUCCUUACAGAGAACAAUAAUAAAUGCUAAAAUCAACCAACCCCUUGCAAUAGCAAUUCUAACACGAUCCACAAACUCACCUCUCAUACAUUUAUUUCCACCAAGCCCCAGCUCUUGUUAUAUGGCACUUGCAUUAUUCAACAAAACUGAAAUUGUGUCUUACUCACAGUCAUAACAUGACUGAAGCCAGAGUAUCCGUUUCCAUGGAAAAGUCUCAAACUCGGCCUGAAAGCCCUUCCGGAACAGAUCGUUUCCAUAGCAGCCAUGAUCAAGUUGUUCACCCUCAGAGUAUUGUCACACUCAUACCCACCAAGUUUAUCGCCGUAGCUGAUGGCUUUGAAAGGAAAGAGCACUCCUGGUACAAGUUUAUCUCUUCUCAAAUCCCAACAGACUUUACAAUUCAAAUUCAGGAAGUCAGUUUCAGUGUUCAUAAGUAUCCAUUUGUAUCAAAAUGUGGCUAUUUGAGUCGAUUGGAACUACAGCCCUCAAAAUCAGAUUUCAGCUCUGACAUCAAGCUCGAAAAUUUCCCAGGUGGAUCAGAAACCUUUGAAAUCAUACUAAAAUUCUGUUAUGGUCUCCCAAUAGACUUAAACCCCCAGAAUGUAGCUCCACUAAGAUGUGCAUCAGAAUAUCUGGAAAUGACCGAAGAACUUGAAGAUGGCAAUCUUAUUUCCAAGACUGAAGCCUUUCUCACGUUUGUUGUCUUCUCUUCAUGGAAAGACACCAUUACUGUACUCAGAGCUUGUGAAACUCUGUCUCCUUGGGCUGAGAAUCUCCAAAUUGUCAGAAGAUGCUGCGACUCUAUUGCUUGGAAGGCUUCCAGAGAUACCAUAACUGAAGAUUCAGUCAAUGAAGAAGGCUGGUGGUCUGAUGAAGUGACUACUCUUCGUAUUGAUCAUUUUAUGAGGAUUAUAACAACACUAAGGGCGAAAGGUACAAGACCAGAAAUCAUAGGUAAAUGCAUCAUGCACUAUGCGGAGAGAUGGUUGCCAGGCAUGGAUGUGGAGAUGGAAGGACUAAGAGGGUAUGGACAUGUGAAGAAAGAUUUGCAGUUCAGUAUUCUAAGCAAAAGGAAAGAAGAUGUAGGUAUUGGACAUAGCAAGGAGCAAAAAGCAAUCAUUGAAAGCCUAGUUAGUCUGCUUCCACCUCAACAUGAAGCUGUUUCUUGUAAGUUCUUGCUGAAGAUGCUACGGGCAGCCAUGAUGUGUUCUGCAUCACCGGCUUUAAUUUCAGAGCUCGAAAAAAGAGCAGGGAUGAUGUUGGAGCAUGCUAACGUGAAUGAUCUUCUGUUUCCAAGAUACAAAAUUGCAGACCAAGGAAAACUUUCGAACAAUGACUGGAUCAGCUCCCCUGAAGAAUGCACAAUGCAUGACAUAGAUGUGCUGCAAAGGAUUGUAGAAUACUUUUUGAUGCAUGAACAGCAACAGCAACAUAAAACAGGAAAAAGCAAUGUCAGCAAGCUCUUAGACAACUGCUUGGCAGAGGUUGCACAAGACCCAAAUCUUUCAGUCACCAAGUUUCAAGUUUUAGCCGAAUUAUUGCCAGAAAAUGCUAGAAUAUGUGAUGACGGUCUUUACAGAGCCAUUGACAUCUACCUCAAGACUCAUCCUUCACUACCCGAGCAUGAACGGAGAAGGCUAUGCAAAACAAUGAACUGUGAGAAACUAUCACUUGAUGCAUGCACCCAUGCUGCACAAAAUGAUCGUUUGCCACUCAGAACUAUUGUCCAGCAUUCGCAGGUCCUGUUUUCAGAACAAGUAAAGAUGAGGGCAGCAAUGCAAGAGAAGGAGGCAGCACCAAGUGGAAAUAACUCUGAACAAGAGGGAAACCAUUCAUCUACAGACAUGGAAAUCAAGACUCUCAAAGCAGAACUCGAAAGUGUAAAGAUGAAGAUGAUUGAACUACAAAACGACUACGUUGAGCUGCUACAAGACUAUGAAAAACUAAGUAACAAGAAUAAACACACAUCAGGUUGGAGUAUUGGUUGGAGAAGGAUCAAGAAAUCUUUUCAUACAAAACCUGACAAAGAUGAAACUGGUGGUGAAGAACAACAAAGAAGUAAUCCCUCCAGAAUCCACUUCAGACAAAGGCAAUCCAUAUCCUAAAUCUUCUUAACAUGAAACAUCCAGCAGCAUAAAUGCCAACUCUAGCCUUAGGCCUUCAAGAGCAAAAUCUCCGUCUCCCGCCAAAGUUUGGCUAGUUUCUUACACACCAUUAAAAUCUCUGUCUCCCACCAAAGUUUGGCUAGUUUCUUAUACACCAUGUGCCAAAAAUGAUUGUCUGGUUUUGUUCAACCAAUAUACUAAGUAGACGAUGUCUUUUCUUCGAUAUCUGCAGUGUAUUCUACAACAUCAAGUUGACCGCAUGUUUUUCUACAAGCCAAAAAUCUAUUUUUAUUCUUCUACCUUUUUGGCAAAGUUACAAACCUAUACUAUAUAGCACUGGAUAUACCACAUGGAAACACAGACAAAAAAAAAGUUAAAUCAACAUGAAGGAUGUACUACCGAAGAAUUAUCAUUACAGUCUAUUCUUCAAAAGGAGUACCCAGUACCUGCAAUUACAUUGAUUUUAAAGCAAGCAAAAUAUUUUCUUCAAUCUUCUGGAGUCACUAACACAAACAUAAGGUAUCCAUCCAUGUUGAGAUAAUGCUAUCAAAAAUGGCAAAAUUCUGAGAGAAACCGAAAAAAAAAAAAAAAAAAAAAAAAAAAAGAAGAAGAAGAAGAAGCAAA